GUCGAUAAUCCAGAAUUUAAAAAUGGCGACUCGGUUCUUGCCGCAUUCUACCUACAAAUUAACGUUGAAAAGAAUUUGAAUUUAAGCCUUUAUAACAGGGUACCAUGCCACCAAUCAUUGAUUCCCACAUGGGAAUGCCUGGCGGGGCCCCAGGAGGGGGCACUAUCCCCCUGGCGACUCUGAUUGACUACAUUGUACAGAGAACCUACCACGAGUUAACAGUGCUCUCAGAACUUCUUCCCCGUAAGACAGACAUGGAGAGGAAGGUGGAGAUUGUCCAGUUUGCCAGUCGGACCAGACAGCUGUUUAUACGGCUACUGGCUCUGGUCAAGUGGGCUAGCAGUGCCACUAAAGUGGACAAGUGCUCGGAGAUCUGUAGUUUCCUGGAAAACCAGUCCAUGUGGUUUGUGGAGACGGCGGACAUGUUGGCCAAAAUGGCGCGAGAAACACUGGUCAAUGCAAGGCUGCCCACGUUUUCCCUGCCCUGUGCCAUUGAUGUCCUGACCCUGGGGACGUAUCCUAGACUCCCCUCCUGUAUCCGGGAUAAGAUUGUCCCUCCAGAUGCUAUAACGUCAGCUGAGAAAAGACAGACUUUACAGAGAUUGACACAAGUCAUACAAUACAGGCUAGUGGCCACAGAUCUCCCCCAACAGAUGAGGAAACUCAAAGUGGAAAAUGGUCGGGUGAAAUUUCAUGUUGAACAUGAAUUUGAGGCCACGCUGACCUUGAUGGGGGACAGUCCUAAGAUUCCGUGGAGAUUACUGGACAUCAGUCUACUGGUGGAGGAUCCAGAAACUGGGGAUGGGAAAUCCCUGGUGCACUCUCUACAGAUUAACUACAUACAUCAACUGGUCCAGUCACGCCUGAUGGACAAUGAACGACCUCUACACGACCUCUACAGAGUCCUACAUACCUUCUGUCUUUCCUUACAACUUGAGGUCCUACAUUCUCAGACACAGAGGUUGAUCAAGGACCGGAUGGGAGAUAGUAUAUGUGUAGAGAAAUACGACAUCGGGAAAUGUUUGUCUGUGUCCUACUGGAGGGAUCCAACCAGAAGAGAGAAAUCACAGGAGGCUUUGUUGUUCCGGCUGAGUGUACACGUGGCGGAGGAUGACGACGGGCGGCCCCUCCAGAUCAGUCACUUCCCCUCCAUGUCUGUAGAAGAGAGCUCCAGGGUGGGGCUGGCCAUCAAGAGCAACCACCUGUCAAUGGAGAGACUGCUGAUACAGACCAUAGAGGUCCGAGGGCUCGUCAAGUUAAAGGACCUGGCGAAGGAUUUACAGAAGUUCACAGAAGGAGCUUGUGAGAUUCGUGACCUGCCUAAUGCCCUACACGUCCCCCUACUAGAGCCCUCCAUGGAGUCUGAAAAGCUGAGGGUGAUGGUGGACUGUCAGCGGGGAAACCUACUGGCCUCUAUACCCGCCGCUAAAGAUGUACAAGAGGUAGAAGAUUUAGAGGAUGCUUUAAAUGGAGACAGGAAAAGUUUGGACAGACUCAUUAGAAAUCUGAGAUUACGUUUGUGUGUGAUGAGGUGUGAGAAGUCGGCCCAGUACCUGCCCACCACCUGUCAGAAGCACCUGUCAUUCAUCAAUCUGACCAAUCACCCGCUAGAAAAAAUCAGCAAGUCCCGCCUCUACAUCAGAGUGCCAAAGCAGUCCACAUUUUAUCUAGUGGUGGAGUUGCUAGAAGGAGACACCACGGUGAACUAUAAAUAUUACCUGCUGGACACCACGCAGUGUACCGUGGACGGCUCGGAGAUUGACAUCAGUGACGAUCCCUGCUCCAAGCUUUAUCUGAAGGCUGGGAGACUUAUACCACUGGACGUCUACUCCUUCAUCCACGGACCAUUCACCAAAAUUUAUGAUGAGCAAGAACAAAGUAAUAUUGAGAGCAAGAGAAGAAAGAGGAAGAUAAUGCUUGGGGAGUUGAGAGAACCUCCUGUGAAGAAAACCAAAGGACACCCAUAUUUUAGUCCAGAGCUAGCGUACAUCCUAGCCAGCUGUGAGGAGAGAAUCCCACUCGUCAACUUAGGACUAGAGUUUGAGAAGAAUGGUGUAGUUCACACAGGUGUUCAAGCUGAUUGUGAGGGAACCUGCUUUUGUCUCUCUCUCCUCAGCAUGCCUGAUGUGGAAGGUUUGGGAGAGGGAAUGUGUGAUAUGGUGAAAAAAGUGCUACUGUCAAUCAAAGUCAGGAUCCUUAGUAAACCAAUGAGAAACUGGAUUGUAGAGUUUCUGUUCUCAAAGCCACCAUUGGAAAGUUCAAACAGAAAGGAACAAGGUCCUGUACAGAGAGUUCACAUCAUGAUGGAGCUAAAUAUAGAUAACCUGAAGAAAGUGGUCAAGGACAUCCUGGAUGAGUGGGCAGGCAUCUGUCACCUGUAUAGUAUUGUUCACGACUUUGCAGAAAUGUACACAGAUGUGAGGACAGAGCUUGGAUCAACAGUAGACAUAUAUUCCUAUGAUUAUCGUAAACUGUCAAUGUUAUACGGACCUAACAGAACUAGUCUGAUAAACAUACAGUGGAAGGGUGAUGCCAAGCAGUUUAAUGUGACCCUGGGGACUGUGGGUAGUUCUACGACAGUCAAUCCACACACCAUACUUCUCUCUCAGUUCCAGCGGGAGCUCAACCACACUCGCUCACUGGCACAGAUAUGUCAGGUUCUCCAUGAGACGUGGGCCCCGAUGUCCUCCAUUAACAAACUGAGUAUGUCCCUGGUACAGGCUGCUGCUACCAACGUGAAGCAGCCAAUGCAGAGUUUUACAGUGAUUCCACAGUCUACUACCCAUGUACGAAUAGCAUUCAGGAAUAUAUCAUGUAUUGAUGUCCAUUUCCGUAGUAACAAGAUUGUUUCCGUUAGAGACGGGGCAUACAGUUUGUUUGACAACAGCAAGGCUGUGGAUGGAUUCAGUCCCACAUCUAUGUUCAAGCAUUUCCUGAACAAGUACGUGGAUGAUGCUAUAACAGGCAGACACACCCACCGCAUGUCCACUACAGAGGACGACAAUCCACCCUCCCCCAUGGACUCUAUAGACAUCUUCAGUCUCUCCUCCCAGCCCCCCUCUACUGGCUCCCCGGCAUCUAGACAGAGGGAGACAGGCCUCAGGUUCCCCAUGACCCCACCCUCCAACCCCCACACACCAGCCUCACCCAGUGCUGCCCGGAUAUCAGGGGUGACCCCUUCCCCCUCCACCGCUCUGAUUGGCACCCCCUCCCCCAGUACCCUGCUCAAUGUUGGGUCCCCGGGGAACCCUCAGCUCCACGUCCCCUCCCCAGGGUCCAGUGCUUUCGUCCCCGCCCCCUCCCCACAGUCCCUGGGGAUACACAUGCAGAGUCCAGCGUCAGGAUUCAUGGGACCACAAGGUUUAGAUGUGGGGUCGCCUUUCACCAGUGCUAGUCUUGCCAUGCCGUCCCCAGUACAGAGGAACUGGCCUAACUCGCCCUCAGUAUCUGGCCCCUCCCCUGCCUCUAGACACACCGCCCACUCCCCGGGAAACCCCGCACUACACUCCCCCCAGACACAGGUCAAGGACGGCGAUCACAGCAAGUCAACAGAGUUUCUCCCUAAACAUUUGGGGAAUUUUAGAGAUGAGAUUAAUUCUUUGCUGAGUCACACCACCAGAAUGCUUCCACAGCGAGCCUGGGCUGCGUCCAUCCCCACCCUGCUAUCCCAUGAUGCCUUUGACACCCUCUUGACCCCCAACAGAUCUCAGUCCCUCCCCUACACUAUAUCGUCCUCCCCCCUGGAGAGGUUCCUGGGGAGUGUGUACUUAAGGAGGAAUCUCCCCAGGCUGAUCCAGUCUGAAUCCCUGACCCCGAUGCGCUCUACUGAUCCCAACAUAAUCUCAUUUAAAGUAGAGACAUUACAGUUCCAUGUCAGCUUUAGUAACAACCUACAGAGUCUUCAUAUGAAUGUUCAGUCAGUACCAGAACAUCGAGAUCAGUGGAGUAUGGAAGUCCUUAACAUCAUCCAGCAGUACUUUGAUUCCAAGGUUGCCUGUCCUCCGUACAAAGUGAACGCCCUGAGAGCCUUCUGUAGAAUACUGGAGACCCCCAUCAGAAUCCUCAAAGACUGUGUUCAACUCAUGAGACUGGAACUGAUGGGUCCUAACCAGUCCAGUGGUAUGAAGUGGUCCAUGCAGUGGUGUCUAACUGUACCACCACAGGCGGCGUUUGUGGCUCCAGCAGGGACCGCCGCAGUAGCCAAGAACAAACAGAUCAAGAUGUUACUCAUGAUCCAGUUCACCCGUAUCCAGCCCCCGUCUGGCCAGGAGCCCCAGUCUAUCAUCGUCCCCCUCCUGUAUGACAUCAGCGCCAACACCAUACAACACAUGGACCCCGUCAGGGGGCAGCCCCAGACCCCCGCUUACAUGGCCGUGUCACAGCUCCUACAGAACUUCUACCACGCACAGAGUGCUGAGUGUAUACUGUACCCCGCGGUACAGCACAUCAUGACUAAUCUUAAUCUAUAACACAGACAUCAUACAAUGUCACAGCUCCUACAGAACUUCUACCACGCACAGAGUGCAGAGUGUAUACUGUACCCCGCGGUACAGCACAUCAUGACUAAUCUUAAUCUAUAACACAUUAAACAAUGUCACAGCUCCUACAGAACUUCUACCAUGCACAGAGUGCUGAGUGUAUACUGUACCCCACAGUACAACAAAUUAUGACAAAUCUGAUCGUAUAGUGCAGGGCUUUAUAAGCCUUACAUACAUAAAAUUUCACAGAUUCUAGAAAACUUCUUACUUGCUUAGAGUGCUAAGUGAAGGCUGUUCCCUGCUGUAUUAAUGAAACAAAUCUUAUAACAAAGGCACAAUGGCUAGUCUUUAAUAGCUUCAAUUAAAGCUAUCGGUUAUCCAGGACAACAAUGUUAUUGUUUUUCUUUAAUGUUCCACAGAGUGUACAAUAGUCAAGCAAUAAAAAGAGUUAUGGUUAUGUAAUCACAGCUGCAUUAAAUUAUCCUGCUUAUUUAAAAACACAAUUCGUAUAGUGCUGCCAUAAGGCUAUGUAAAGAUCUGUAUUUUUCUAUGGAUGUGAUUUAUAAACUAGUAAUCUGUUACGUUUUCGUGAAUUAACUGUUAAGCUGUUUUAUUUGCAAGGAACAUUAAAUGUACAAAGCAUUUGAUCAAAAGUGAAA